GGAGACGACAGAGGCUCCCUGCUCACAGGGAAUUGAAAGGAGCAAGCAAAAAUGGAGAAGCGAGGAUUGAAUGCCGACAAAAUCAAGAGCUCUUCUUCUUGUUCGGAGGAGGACCCAAAUCCUUGCCCCAUCUGCCUCGGACCCAUAAUUCAAGAUUCUUAUCUCGAAAAAUGUCUCCACAAGUUCUGUUACAAGUGCAUUUUGCGUUGGACGGAAGUUGUUGCUCGCAAGCAGUCUUGCCCGCCGGAUUAUAUAAAGUGUCCUCUUUGCAAGACGGAAAAUGUUUGUAUAAUAUAUGAUUACGAUGGAUGUUCUUUUCAAAAGCAUUGCAUUGAUCAGGAUUCAGGCUUUAUCUUAUCGAAGGAUCACCAGUACAGAUUGCAAUGUUAUUACACCGAACCAGGUUUCUUAAGUGACAUAUUUGACGUAUCACGCUAUUGGAAGUCCCGCAAGUAUCUUCAGCCAAACCGCUGGCUCCAAAGUUGGUUGAGAAGGGAAAUCCAAGCUCUCAUGCAGGAGGAAGAUGUUGACAUCGUCAUGCACCACAUACAUGGCGUGAUUAAGUCAUCCUUGACGAGGGAUGAGCAGAAAGGUCGAACAACAGCACCUGAAGAAAAACAAAGAGAAUUUCAAGAAUCAACCUCUGAUGCAGCAGGGCCCUUCCUGGCAGCAAAAACCAAUCGCUUUGUAAACGAGGUGGAACUAUUUCUUGCUUUGGGUUUGAACAUUGAAGCAUACGAUGCUGUGUGCAUGCAACGCUUAGGUUGGAGUGCUCCGGGAGUAACUACGGAGCCAGCAGAGGGAGAACUUGCCGAACAUAGACCUGUUAUUCCUUACUUGAACAUAUUUUAUGACUCCGACUGCAGCGAAUGAAAGUUUUCAUCUGCAUAUGUAUGGAACUGUCACUUGAAGUUGAAUCUUUGUUUUAAGUGAUAUAAAGUGCGUACUUGUCUUGGAUA